CCCUCCUCCUGCUGCUAUCGCCAGCGUCAACAGCUGAUUUGGGGAAACGGGGGACGCGAUCAGAGAGAUAUCGGCAUUCGUGGAAGAAUCAGGCCCAAAGGAAUGGACUAGCUGAGGAACUUCAGCUUGUAACGGGUGCAUUUUUAUUUUGCUUUUUUGGCCACUGAAGUUAGCAAACCACCGGAUCAGACGGCCCGUGGAGGAAGCUAGAGGGCUAGCGAUUUGCUCCAGCUAGCCAACUUUGAGCAUCAUGCUAGUAUUGAUAUAUGUAGCCAGGUCGACUACCUCUUUAUUCUUUUAAAACACUGCCGAUUGAUCUCGGGUGUGACUCUGAUGCGAACUGAAAUCUGGUCAGCUGCGGAUUCGUUGUUGGUGCAAAGGGCACACCGUUGCAGAGGAAGCCGGGAAUAUAGGUCAGUUAGCCGGGUGACACUACUCGGCUCCUCGGCAUCAGGGAGCUAAUACGGCUAGCUCUGUCUGGAGGAAUCUUUGAGCAUGAUUUGGUGAGAAUCUUACACGAAAGAGAAGUGCAACCUCGAGUGCAUGACUGUUUGGCUGUUGGUCAGACGUGUCAGUAAGUUUAAGCUGCGUGUGGCUGCGAGGGUCACCGAGAAACUUGAGUGUAAACACCGCUGGCCACAACAGAGGCGAGCAGACAAAGAUGUUUGUAGGUAGUCAGCCAAGCUCAGAGUGCUAACAGGCUACCGGACGAGCUAAGCCACACAGCUGUGCACGGUGGAAAACGGGUUAUAUUGAGCCAUUUAACAUUUGAGAUAGGGCUGGCAUCUUUGUAAUCCAAACUGUAAGGCAUAUAUGAGUGACGACUACGUCUCCAGACAUUGGUGUUAAUUUGCACAGACAACAGCUGGACUGAGAUCCAAGUAUGUUUUGAUGCACAAAGUGUCAUGGUGGAUAAAAUCGGUCUAAGUGGGUCGAAUCAGUGGUUCCUUUGAACCCACACCACGGCCUCAGAAUUGUGCAAAUCAGGCCAGCAUUUAACUGUUAGUGGCUGGAGGUUUAGCAGGCAUUUUGUUCACAGCCACAGUCACCCAUACACGGAGAGCAGAGGUUGUCACCCCGGUGGUAACAACACUGACGGAACGAGACUUGUUGAUAACCCCAAACAUCAACUGGACAUUUAACUCGCCGUCUCAUCGCCUGUCUGGUUCACUGUCUGAUUGAAGCACACAGCCCUGCUUUGAGCGAUGCUGUGAUGACUGAGGUGAUGUCCUGUGGUUUUUGAGGGCGAGACACUCAGCCACUCCGCCAGUCGGCCCCAGUCCCUUCUUCCCCCGGGGAAUGGCCUUCCAUACCGCCGGGAGACCAGCGCUGUGCAGCACCGUGUUUCCAGCAUCCGAGAUAGGCCACAAGUAUUUCUGCGUCACCGGCACCAGCAACCCCUCUACAGGCCUCGCUGCCAACCCCGACACCAGCGUAGCCGCUUGCCCCGUCGGGACGCCUCGACACCCGGCCUCCCUGGUCGGCAGCAUCGGGGGAGGAGCAGCGGUCCCCCAGCCUCGCAGCAACCCGGCCAGCGAGGUGCCCAAAGCGGCCGAGAUGGAGCCAGAUAGACCCAUCGGAUACGGGGCCUUCGGUGUGGUGUGGUCAGUAACUGACCCGCGGGACGGGCGCAAGGUGGCCUUGAAGAAGAUGCCAAACGUGUUCCAGAAUCUGGUCUCCUGCAAACGCGUCUUCCGAGAACUACGCAUGCUCUGCUUCUUCAAACACGACAACGUGUUGUCAGCCUUGGAUAUCCUCCAGCCUCCACAAAUAGACUGCUUUGAAGAGAUCUACGUGAUAACGGAGCUGAUGCAGAGUGACCUUCACAAGGUCAUUGUGUCUCCUCAGCCUCUCACCACCGACCACAUCAAGGUGUUCCUCUACCAGAUACUGCGAGGUCUGAAGUAUCUGCACUCUGCGGGAAUUCUGCAUCGCGACAUCAAACCUGGCAACCUCCUAGUCAACAGCAACUGUCUGCUCAAGAUCUGUGAUUUCGGGCUGGCCAGGGUGGAGGAGUCUGAUCCGUCACGUCACAUGACACAAGAGGUGGUGACGCAAUACUACAGAGCACCAGAGGUGCUGAUGGGUAGUCGCCACUACGGCUCUGCUAUUGACCUCUGGUCUGUGGGCUGCAUUUUUGCUGAGCUGCUCGGACGCAGGAUCCUCUUCCAAGCCCAGAGCCCUAUACAACAGCUGGACCUCAUCACUGACCUGCUGGGUACGCCGCCUCUCUCUGCCAUGGCAUCCGCCUGCGAAGGAGCACGCGCACACAUACUCAGAGGACCUCACAAACCUCCUUCCCUCUCGGUGCUCUACAUGCUGUCCGAUGCUGCUACCCACGAGGCUGUUCACCUGCUCUGCAGAAUGCUAGUCUUCGACCCAGCUAAGCGUAUCUCUGGCAGUGACGCCCUGUCCCACCCGUACCUGGACGAGGGCCGGCUCCGCUACCACACCUGUAUGUGCCAAUGCUGCUACUCCAUGCCCAGCGGGCGCGUCUACACACCCGACUUCGAACCGCCCGCCGCCCGGCCCUUUAGCCACGCCUACGAGGACACCAUGCUGUCUGUCUGGCAGGGGAAAGAGCUCCUCCAUCGCUUCAUAACGGAGCAUCAGCAGGGGAAGAGAGUUCCGCUCUGCAUCAACCCCCAGAGUGCUGCCUUCAAGACCUUCAUCAGGUCUACUGCGUGGCACUCGUCCAAGGUGUCUCGUAAGGAGGAGAGAUGAAGGAGGGGGUAGCGGGGGCGGUGGACCGUGGGGGACGGAGCCUGACGAGGAGCAUGCUGGGAAGUGGAGUUUAUUGGAGGCUGCAGAGGGGACUUGUGGGAAAUGGAGUUCAUAUGAAGAUGAAGAAGAAGAAGAAGAAGAAGAGGAGGAGGAGUUUUCAACUGGUCUUAGACCACGUAGGAGAGAAGAGAAGAAAGGGAGAAGAAAAGAGGAGGAGAGAUGAAAAGAAGAGAAGAGACUAGUAGAGUUAUUUAUCAUGUAGUAGAAGUGACUAUGGGACGAGUCUCAGAAGCGUACACACACACACACACACAGACACAGACACACACACACACACACAGACACAGACACACACACACACACACUGCACCUAACACUGACCCUUACACUAUAGCUCUGAACGUGCAUAGUGCACACCCUCUGCCGUGUGUGUGUG